AUGAGUGGCCAAGCUGCACCAGCCCCGACCUAUGCGCACCUCAAGGAGAUCGUCGAUAACCUGCGCGCCGAGCUCAUGGCGCAGCGCGACCCGAACGCCUUUGAGCACAAGGAACUCGUCAUCCCGUCAAGCGUCGACAAGGACAGGGAAAUUGCCGUGCACAUCUACGAGCCAGAGAAUGUCAAGGAGGGCGAAAAGGGUCCUGUGGUCAUCACCUUAGAAUGCUGCGUGGUGCUCGCGCACCGCUCGGCGCCUUGGCAUUCGCGUAGUGGAUAG